AUGAAAUUCAGCUUCAUAACUACCGCUCUGCUAUUAAUGGCGACAGUGGUGGCUGCAGAAGACUCGGAUACCACAGUAAAAAACCUGAAGACAACUGCCACCACUAACUCGCUUCUGAUUGUGCCCUCAACUUCUAACACCAAAGUCGUUGUUACUGUAGGAGAACUGACAAGUACUAGUGGGACAACAACUACGCUGUCUAGUAGCAGUAGCUCUUCUAAGACAACCUCCUCUGAAAGUGUGACUUCGUAUGUGACGGAAGGUUCCGCAGAUAAAGCCCUACUUAAGAUUGUUUUGACGAAGGACAAUAACUCGGAAACAUACUACAACGGGAUAUUCCGUGUUGGAUCUGAUACUGUUGAGUUGAGGAUCGACACGUUGCAGCCUGACUUAUGGGUGAUGAAUGCCAACGAUAUCUACAACUGCUCUUACUUUGAUGAUGAAAUCAAUGAAGAGCUAUCGUCAUAUGGUACUGGUUAUUUUGAAACCGCAUCCACGGGGAUAGCUACGGAAACUAUUUGUGCACAGGGUGGUGAAUAUACAACAUCAACGGACCAAAUUUUCCCAUCACCCGAACCUAGCUUGGGAAUUUAUAACCAGGAAAGGUACGAUCUUCCGUACAUUAACGGCAUAUCUGCUAAUGGGGUGCUUUUGACUGACACUGUCGCCUUCUUGAGUAGUCGAGAUUAUCUUAUUUGGCUAGGCAACUUUACGUUUGCAGAUGUUAACGAUACUAAUGUCUAUUACGGUGGAGUUGGGCUUGCAGGAAAUCCCACCGGUUCAGGGUUCCUUGACACUUUGACCAACUUGGGCUUAAUUAAGUCUCCUAGUUACUCCAUGUGGUUUUAUAACGACACUGGGGACCUGUAUGGUAUCGGGGAAUUAAUUUUAGGAGCGGUGGAUACUAAGUAUUUGGACGGACUGUUCCUCGAGUUUGAUAUGCUUCCUCAUACUGGUCCUAAGUUUACGGGCGGCAGAUCUGAUUUGAUUGACAGAUUAAGACUACCAAUUAUUGCCGUGGAUGAUAUACUUGUCCAGAACCUGGAUAGUGGUCAGAGCACAUCUCUUUCCAGCGAUGCGGGAACUAUUCCAGUUGCUUUGGAUUCUAGAUCUGCGUACUCCUUCUUGCCACUUUCAGUGAUUAUUAAUUUAGCAGUGCAAACGAAUGCGUUAUACAGUAGCACGUUAGAUAGAUGGAUAGUUGACUGCACCCUCAUAAGAGAUUUAAACGCAUAUAUUGAAUUUGAUAUUGGUUCGCUCACGGUACAAGUCCCAUUAAACAAAUUCCUUACCAAUGCCUUCGUCGACACUCAGCAGCUAACCUAUAGCAGUGGUGCAGAAGCAUGUUAUUUAAUGGUUUUACCUUCCACUAACCAGGGAUUUCUGUCCUUGGGAUUACCAUUCUUAACUUCAAUCUAUCUUGCAGUGGACAAUGCUUCUGGGAAAAUUGCUAUCGCUAACGUAAACCAAAACGUUUCCAUUGCUUUGGAUGACUUCACUCAAACAGCAUCAUCUCUAUUUGCAGCAUCAGCUUACACGGCUACUGCGUCUAAUUUCACUAGUACCAGUGCAGAUUCCAUUUCCAGCAUUUCGCUGAAUCAUAUCCCAUUUGCAACGGCCUAUUCUUCCUCUGCCAAUCUUACCUUGACCUAUCUGAUUCCAAGUGCAACAGGAGAUGGUGAGUCCAUUCCGGCCAGAUUUUCAGGUGCUACGAUAUUGUCGGGAGAAAUCAUAAUGACCAAUUCGUUGCAAGGAUCUUAUAGUGGAGCUAGUGCGUCCAGUGCUGGAACCACCGAAGCAAUGGGCUCGAAUUUGAAAGUGCCCUGGGUCUUUGUUAAAGGAGCCAAUAUUAGCGCUGUUUGGACAAUUGCAGUGACUUUUGUAGGCGCAUUUGCAUUAAUAGUCUUAUUGUAG